AUGAUUGGCUCUUCUCUACAGGUGUUCUGGAAUACUGUAGCUGCCAUGCUGUCAUUGGAUGAGCCCCUGGACCUGAAGCUUCCACGGGCCAAUGGGAGGGUCAGGUUGGGAAAGAGGGCAUAUUCUGCCUCCAUCUGCGCCCCUCUCAGUGCCACACGACAACGUCUGCUACGUAACCUACCGAUGACCUACCCAUCACCGCCUCCCUCUCCAGGUACCCCCCUGUCCCACCAGGAGAGGGCAGGUUCCUGCACCCCCCCUGCCAUGGACCUGAGUCUCUCCCCCUCCUUCCGACACGCACCCUCCCCCUCUCCCUCCCCCUCCUCCCGCCAUGCACCCUCCCCCUCUGCCUCCCCCUCCUCACCCCUGGACUAUCCACCCAGCUGCAGCCCAGCCACACCCAUCUACUCCAGGGAAGCAGCUCACCCUCGUUACCUGGAUGGUGGGGCUUCUCCGCAGGGCUUCCAGAUCUUCCUGCCAAUCGGGACCACAGGGGGCGGGUUCAACCUGCCCUCCUCCAUGUUCAUUGGUCAGCCCGGGGAGAAGCGGGCGUCACCCGAUCCCUCAUCGGAUGAGCAGCUGGCCUGCCAUUGGAUGAAGUGCCACCUGCUGUUUGACUCGUUACAGGACCUGGUGGAUCACAUCAACGACUACCAUGUCAAACCUGAAAAGGAUUCUGGGUACUGCUGCCACUGGGAGGGCUGUGCCCGCAAUGGGAGGGGCUUCAACGCCAGGUACAAGAUGUUGAUCCACAUCAGGACUCACACCAAUGAGAAGCCUCACCACUGCCCCACCUGCAACAAGAGCUUCUCUCGCCUGGAGAACCUCAAGAUACACACACGCUCACACACAGGAGAGAAGCCGUACAUCUGUCCGUACGAGGGCUGCAGCAAGCGCUACUCCAACUCCAGCGACCGCUUCAAGCACACGCGCACCCACUACGUGGACAAGCCCUACUACUGCAAGAUGGCCGGCUGCCUUAAACGCUACACCGACCCCAGCUCCCUCCGCAAACACAUCAAGGCCCACGGACACUUCGUCGCGACCCAGGAACAGGCCUCCUCGGCUGGGCUCGGAGUGUUCCUCAAAGGGGGUGGUCUCCAUGGAAGUAACGGUGGAGGGGUCUCAGAGAUGGGCUAUGUCGGCGGGGCCCAUAUUAUCAUCCCAGGAGGGGCCGCCGUGGCUUCUCUUCUCGGAGGCCACCGUCUGGGGGCCUCGCUGCCCCUCUCGGCCCUGUGUGGCCCCCUGGAUCUCAGCGGACUAGGUCACCCUGGAGCGUCCUUAUUCUCGCUAGGUGGUGGAGGUGGGGGAUUGGGUUGGUGUGAUUCCUCCAUGCUCCCGUUCGGACUCUCGGCUGCAUCCGUGUUUGGGUUGGCUUCCAUGGGUCUGGGGCAGCUAGGGAGAGGGGAGAGCAGGAGGGAGGGGGAGGAGGAGGACGGGUGUGAAGAGGACAGGGAGAGGGAGGAUGAGGUACUGAAUUUGUCUGUGGGAGGGUACGGAGGACGGGGCAGGGCGUGA